CUGAUCGAAGCCUCGUGGGGGCAGCAGAUCCGAAACUACGUUCUGCAUCCGUACAAACUCGUGAAGGAUACCCGGAGCGGGCGGGAAACCCCCGACGUGUCGGGCGUUUUG